GCCGCCGGACUCCGCAGUGGCCGGGGCCUGGGGCCUGGGGCCUGGGGCCGGGCGCGCCGCGUGGGACCCCGCACCCAUCCUGCACGCACCCCGGGCCGCGUGGACGCCCCCGGCCAGGGGCUCUCGGUGCAGGGUGACCGGUUCCCAGCGAGCAGGGCCGGGCGGAACCAGAGCCAGCCCCGCGGGAGCGAGAGCCGCUAGGCCAAAAGAUGUUCCCCAUCCAGCCAGGGCUAGCAGAAGGGGCCCAGUACCUGGGGGCCCUGCCUCCGGCAGUAUGUCAGCCCGAACUCCAACCAGACAGCAAUUCCAACUUCAUGGAGAGUGCCAAGGAUGCCAAUGAGAAUUGGCAUGAGAUGCCAAGCAAAGUGGAGCCUAUGCUGAUGAGGAGCUCCUCUGAGUCACCCUCCAGCAACCAGGCCUUCCAGGCCACUGGACUUCUUGGCAGAGUGGUCCGCAGUCCCCCAGAGGGUGCAGAGAUUCCUGGCGUUGAGCCUGAGAAGUUGGGUGGUGUCGGCAAUGUGUGCUCCCCUCUGGAGGACAUUGGCUAUGCCAGCAGCUCCCUGAGUAUCGACAGCCUUAGCAGCAGCCCAGAGCCCACCUGUGGGACCCCUGGAGGUCCUGGUCCUCCAGAUCCCUUUCUGCCCUCUGUGGUCCAAGCUGUGCAGCAACUGCAGGCUCAGGAGCGCUACAAAGAGCAGGAGAAGGAGAAACACCAUGUGCACUUGGUGAUGUACCGUCGCCUGGCACUGCUUCAGUGGAUCCGGGCCCUGCAGCACCAGUUGGUUGACCAGCAGGCCCGGCUGCAGGAGAGUUUCGACACUAUCCUAGACAACAGAAAGGAGCUUAUUCGCUGUCUCCAGCAGAGGGCAGCACCAUCCAAGCCCCAGGACCAGGGUUAACUGUGCCUCCACUAGUGUGCAAAAGUUUGUGUAUUUGCAGACAAAUGUGUGGCUGUGCACAAGUAAGUGCAUGAUUGCCUGCUGGCAUGAGUGCAUGUAAGUAUAAGUGUACGUGUGUGUGUGUGUGUGUGUGCUGACAUAGGCAGGAAUAUUCAGGCCCGUGAGUUUUGUACAUGUGUACAUACAAGCUAACAUAUAUCUGUAAGAGUGAAUGUGUGUGUAGCAUGUAUGUAAAUGUAAGUGUGUGUAUUCAUGUAUGGAUAGGUACGUAGAAUUGUGUUUAUUAAGUUCAUGAGUGAGAUAUACAUGCAGAAUGUGUGUGUCUUUAUAUGAGAGUUUUGAGUAUUCAGGUUUAUGUCAGGUGUACAUGAGUGAAUAUUUGUGUUCAGAUCUUUAUGAAAGAGUGUGUGUGUGCAAAUUUAUGCAUAGGAAGUGUAUGUUGAGAGCAUGUGUAUUUACGACAGUCUUAUAAGCAAGUGUGUGCAAAUAUACAUUCAUUACACCUGCAGGGCAUCCACCCAUCCACCCACACCCCGUGUCCCCCAAAUCUGCCCAGCCAUUUUUCUCCACUGGGUCCCACUGCUUCCUAGCAAGAGAACACUACUAGCCUAUUGUCAUUUUUCACUUACUGUCAUUUAUUGUCUUCUGGUGCUUCCCAUGCUACCUUUCCUUCUCUCUUCCCCUUACUUAACCCAGACCUUGCUCUGUUAAGGCUGUAGCCCUCUUGUUGGCUUUUCUGCAAGAGGGUUUUCAGUGCUGGAGAUCUAACCCUUGUGCAUGUCAGGCAAGCCCCUUACUAAUGCGCUACAUUGGGCUGCGCUGGGCUGCCUUUGCAUUUUGUCUAGAGUUUUGUCCGGGUGGUUGAGAAGAAUUGGUAUCAGGGAAGGAACUGGGGUGGUGGUGGUAAUUGUGGCAUGGGGACAGAGAAGGAUGUAGAAGAUUGUCCUCUUUUUUUAUGAAUUAAAUUUUGUUGACAAGGUGUUGUGCAAAGGGGAUACAG